CUUCGAGGAGGAAUAAGGGGAUACCCUCUUGUACCAACUAGUUUUAUUGCUUAGUUACUAUAUAAGCUUUGGUAAAUCAAAGUCUUCUACUUCAUUUUCUCCCUACAUCUUUGUUAAAAGAGAUCCAAACAGUCGACUUUUAAGAUACCACUAUAUCAGUGAUUCUAAUAACUUACAUUCUUCUUGUUUGUUUGUUGCAAUUUGUAGUGUGUUUUUCUCGCCCUCAAAAUAAAAUACAACAUAUAUAGUACAAAAUUCCAUGGCUGCAAAGCUGCCUUCAGCCACAUCAGUGCUAUCAGCCUACUCAGCUUUUGCAGCAUCAGUAAUGGUGGUGAAAGCCGUGUUGAAUGAAGUCCAAAACAUCACAUCGCAAAUAAUCCCUCAAAUCCUCCAAGAAAAGAUCAUAUUAAAACUCAAUAAAGUAUUCCAAAUUUGUUGUUCUUCGGAUGAAAUUUUGACCUUAAUAAUAGAAGAGCACUGCAAUGGUCUCACCAAAAAUCAAAUCUUUGCAGCUUCCCAGACCUACUUGAACACCAAAAUCAACAGCUCGAACAAUCGGCUCAAUGUAAGCAAAGGACGAGACAAGGACUUCUCGGUCACCAUCGAUAAAGGAGAAGAGAUCUUUGAUUCCUUCGAGGGGAUAGCGUUGAGGUGGGUGAUGCUGGUGAGCAAUGACGAAUCACAAAGGAGGAAUGGAGAGGAAGAGCGUAAGUCUGCGGAGUUGAGUUUUCUAAAAGAACACAAAGAGAAGGUUUUAAAGAAGUAUCUUCCUUUUGUGUUAGAAACUGCAAGAAAAAUCCAGGAAGAAAACAGAGUACUUAAGCUCUACAAGCUCGGGGGUUACUGUGGUGAGUCGUCCAUUGAUCUCCAACAUCCAUCAACAUUCGACACAUUAGCCAUGGACCCCGAGGUUAAGAGGGCACUCAUUGAUGAUCUUGAUAGGUUUGUGAGGAGGAGAGAUUUUUAUCGUCGUGUGGGUAAGAUAUGGAAGAGGGGUUACUUGCUGUAUGGACCUCCAGGUACGGGGAAAUCCAGCUUGAUUGCUGCCAUGGGAAACUACCUGAAGUUCCAUAUAUAUGACUUUGACCUCCCUAAUAGGGGGCAUGUGGAUUUUAGACGAUUGUUGGUCUCAACUGCAAAUAGGUCCAUAAUAGUGAUUGAGGAUAUAGAUUGCAACGGAACCAAGUUUCAGAACAGGCAGCAGCAGCAGUUGUAUGGUAGUGAAGAUAAAAACAUGGGUGACUUGCACCAAACUAAAGGAGGUUCGGAAGACGAUGAAUCAUUAUCACUUUCGGGGCUCUUGAACUUCAUUGAUGGGCUGUGGUCGAGUUGUGGGGAUGAGAGGAUCAUCGUGUUCACAACCAACUACAAGGAGAGGCUUGAUCCAGCCUUGUUAAGGCCAGGCCGAAUGGACAUGCACAUUCACUUGUCUUAUUUAACUUUUGGUGGGUUUAAGGUUUUAGCCUCAAACUAUCUUAAUAUCAGUAGCCACCCAUUGUUCGCUCAAAUUGAAGAGCUCAUAAAAGAGGUAAAAGUUACUCCUGCAACAGCUGCAGAGGAGCUGAUGAGCAGCGACGAUAUCAAUGAAGUGCUUGAAAGGUUUGUGCAAUUCCUCCUCAAGGAAAAAAAAUGAACAAACCAAGAAAAAGCCAUAAAUACUGAGUGGUAUAGAAAUUAUCAGGAAGCAGAGCAAAAAAAUUGUACUGUAUCAGCUUUUACCCCUCAUCAUGUAAUUUGAACUACAAUUUGAUGACUAAAUACAGACAAUGAGAAUAAAACAGAUAAAUCUGGCUUCAAUUUCUUUGCAUGUUAGUGAUGGUUGAUCCAAAACUUCUUAAUCAGUACCAGGAAAUAUUAACAUUAAGAAAGAAGUGCCAUACUUCAAACCUGACAUCCGAUAUGGAGGCAUAAGGCAUAUAAGAUGUGCCCACUCCACAUAGUAUUACCUUGGAUAUGAAGACAUAAAUUGAACGUUUUAAUUCCCGGGAAUAUCCAACUUUGGUCCCUUAUCGUGUAAUUUGAACUAACAAUGUGAUAACUAAAUACUGAUUAUGGGAGUAGAACAGAUCACUCUGGUUUCAUCUUCUUUGCAUGUUAUUUCAGAAUGCUUGCUCAAAAACUUCACUAUCUAAAUAAAUGGCAAUAGUUCAGAAUGCGACUGACCUGUUAUGAAGAGAUCCUAACCAUCAACUCUACCUUACUAUGAUAAAGAAGAGACACAGACUACAGAUGUGAUCUAAACAAUGUCAUACUUGUCAAACAAUGAAUGAACUUGAAGAUGACAGUUAUGAACACACAACACACUGUAAGCUUAUCAAUUGAUGUUAUGGUUCCUCCAGCAAGCUAAUGGUGGCUGCAAGGUUACAGAAUAUUACUACACUAAAAAAAAUGGGAGGUCACUGUCCAAAAAUGGUGAAAUUCUGCUGAUUAAGAGUUUUGAAAAGUGUACA